UUCAAAAUUUAGAUGGCAUUAGCCGUUCAAGGUUUACGAUAUUUACUGUCGGUCUUAAUGCAAAGUUGGCAACUCGGUGUAUUUUGAUUUUUUUAUUCUUAUAGAAACUUUCGUGAUAUGAUGACUUUUAGGAUAUCAAAAAUGUGCAAUAUUAGAACUACUUUACUUUUAUUAACUACGAUUAUUUACUCAAUAAAAUCAACAGAGAGUGGAGCUGUACAGCUUACUGCACAAAACAUAAAUAAUACUUUGGAAGCUGCAAAGGUUGUGAUGGGUAAAGUAGAUUGUGAAAAAGAAAGAAGUUUAUUUUCAAAAUACAAGAUCAAAAAAUAUCCAACCCUAAUAGCCAUUAGUAAUGGCCCGCCAGAAAAGAGAGAGAAGUAUACGGGAGAAAGAACAGUAGAGGCUUUAACAACUUUCAUAAAGAAACAAAUGAUGGAAGUUAAGAAACUAAAGUAAUUAUUCGGAGGAUUAAAAGCAGAAGAUCAUCAUAGUUAUUAGUCAUAGGAGUCAAGAAGAAAUGGAAAUAGUUCUAGAGAAAUGUGGGAAAAAAUCAACAGAUUUGGAAUCCAGUGGGUAAACAACCAAUACCAAGUUGUUAGAAAGCGACAUAUCAGAGUAUUUGUUCCACCAUUUGAGGCUUCACCACAGAUGUGCUGUUAAACCACCAUUAGACGGCACAUUAAAAGCUUCUUCUUCAAGUGCCGUCUCCUAAUCGGAUGUUGGAUAUCAUCAUCACUAUCUUUACUCUCUCCACCGCUGCUCUAAAGAGUUCUAUAGAACUGCAUCUAAACAUUAAAAGCAAAGAACCCAAUUAGUAAAAACAGAAAAUUAAAACUAUGAAACCAAAACGCAUUCUUCAAUACAAAAUCAGAUAUACCUGGAAGUGAUGUGUUUUAUGGAACACUUGAUGAAGUUAGCCGUGUUGUCACGAUAAUAGUGGACAGUAAUGGAGUAGCAAUGACAGAAGAAGCGUUACAAAGGUUAGAAAACAGAGAGGAGGAAACCCACUGUUCCCUUACCUUCUGUAACACAAGCUGAAUUGAUUGGAAUCUAACAGAUCUACUUCAUCAUCUGUUACAGAAUCACACCUCAUUGUUCCAACAGUCAUGCUAGAAUGUUUGUCUCCUAUGUCCUGCGAUGACUCUGAUCGAGGAUAUGAAUCAUUAGAUUAUCCGAUUAAUUUACCUGAAGAUAAUUGAGACCAAAGCAUAUCAAAGCUAUUUCCAUCUUUAUUCUAGGUUUAAAUCUCUAAAAUCGUGUAUAUUUUAAUUUAAAUUAAGUUACUAAAUUUAUUUUUUACUAAAAGAGUGGUUUUUAUACAUAUUUGUAUUAGUACGUUUUUUAAAGGUAAAAUAUUGCAAAACCUCUAAAUUUUAAAGAACCGAUUGGAUUGACAUGAAAUUUGGCAUACACAUAGCUAACAAGUCAAAGAAAAAAAGUGAUAUUGUGACUUUCACCCCCUUUUGGGGGUGAAAAGUAUAUGUUCGAAAUAAGUCCGGAAAUAGAUAAAAUAACUAAUUAUAAGCAACUUUUGUUCUAUAAAGUUCUUUCACCAAAUUAAUACUUUUCGAGUUAUUUGCGAGUGAAUAUCUUAAUUUUUCUACAAAAUAACCACGUUUUCAGACGAUUUUUCGCAAAUAACUCAAAAGUCAGUAUUUGGUCGAAAAAAAAAAUUCUUAUCAAAAAUAUAGCACGUAAAAACGUGAAAAACAUGGUGUAUAUUAGGUCACUAUACCUAAUAGAAGCAGAGUUAUAGCUAAUGAAAAAUAGGUUCAUAUUCGUCAAAUUCCAAAUCGAAUAUUUUAACGUGCCAUAACCAAAAACGAAGCACUUAUUUGGGGAAAACUCAUUUUAACUCUUUUAAAGUGUUUAAAAAAUGCUUAUUUUUGUUUU